AUGAUUUCAUCAUCGUCACGUGAUACUGAUCCGGGUAGCUUGCUUGAGGGACCCUCCGCGCAUUCUGCGAUCUGGUUCACACCUCGGCCGUUCGCCGUGUUGGCCCACCACGGCGGCUCGGGGACACCCCCAUCUGAACGGCGCGAGCAUGUCGGACGCUGUCUGGAUACGAAUGUCGAUCGCUUACGAGCCUGCAGCCUAAAGCGAAAGGCCUCACGCCACCCCUCCCCCUCCCCCCUCGGUGAGCAAGGUCCUUUUUAAUACGCAAGAUGGACUAGGUAGGCGGUGAAGGAAAGGAAUGUGCUAAAUCCUAUAAAGCUGGCCUCCAAGGCAUGCUGUCGGUGUCACCUAACAAUUUUCAACUGCGUCCGAAGCAGGUAGCCCUCAGCGGCCUAGCGGUCUAGGGCGGUCUUGCAAGCCCUCUUAAGUUGUGGCAACCGAGGGCCACGUUUUCCCGCUCGGCACCAAUUAUAACUCAAAAACCAAUUAACUCUCCUCCCCAUAUCCAUCGUCCUGCUGCCUCGCCACAGUCAGCGGUCCAAGCGGAUAUGGGCACGCACACGCCAGCUGUCUACCCAAUAGCGGCGUUGGCGUAUUUACCAUUACUCUUGGUCCACUGUUGGGGAAAGAAUUUUAUGAAGUAGUAACACCCUGCACUAGUUUCGCGGCACAACAGCGUGCCGCAGCACACGGCUUCUCAUAUGGUGACAUAGGACUGGUUGUGAUGUCAGAUUAUACGGUUAUAUCCCUUCCAACAGUACCCUACGCCUACCACCACCACCGCCGCCACUACUACUACUACUACUACUACUACUACUACUACUACUACUACUACAUAAUACUACUUCCUCUUUGACAGUAAAAAUUCCUCUUUUCGAGCACUGGGGCUGCCGACUGAGCUCUGCCUAGGAUGAAAACAAGUUUGGAUUGAGGCCCAAGCCGACCGUCAGCAAUCUUCUCACCUUUCAUGCUCUUCGAGCCCUCUGUGACCUAUCGGAUUCUGGCUUGAUUGCAGUGGUUUGGUGGGCAGGGCAAACCUGAUUGCCUUGAAACCUCCAGAGGUUUCAGACCUCUGGGGCCCAUUGGGAUUCCAAAAUGGGUACCAGUGCAGAUCCUAGUCCGACUUCUAACAUCUGCAGCGCAAAUGUCUUGAGUAUGCAAAACUGAGUAGACAUAUUACCAGUUGUCAGUGUAGUAAUCAGUCGACCUUCGCUCGGUCUGCAACGCCCCCCCCCCAUGUGGACUUCGCAAAUUGGCACGAGUCCUACUUUCAAAUAUUCCGGUAAAUAAAUGAUCGUUAAAAAGUUCUAAUUAUUGUUCUAUGAUUGUGAUUUCCUCUUGAUUUUAUGUCAUAAUGACUACAUAAUAAGAGUGCCUCGUGAAAUAUAGGCAGUAAUUACAAAAUCGCCAGUUUCGUCCGCGAAGCAUCUAGCUAAGGAUGAAGAUGCCCGCAUUCCAGGACUUGUUGUUUGAAAAGGAGGAUUAUGACCCACCGUACUAGGGACGGCCUUGCGCUGAAUUCCAGGAAGGUUCCUAUUCUUCUACCCUAAAUCUAACCCUAAUCCUAACCCCCCUCUCCCAUCUAAUUUAGUUCAAGGCCACCUGUAACACAGGGAUCCAUAUUCCUCUGUCUCACCGGGCUGACUAUCGCAGAAAAUUACUACAAGUAUUGUAGUUACUUUAUUGCCGAAGUAUGCCCCGCCUACUAAAUUCACUCCCGAUGCGACGCGCUAACCUUCGUGACCGAAAAGACACCAACAACCGCGCCUUGUUUGCGGGUGCCGUGGGCGGAUUUCAAUUAGGUACUGAUUGCUGUCAGACGAUGCUGUACAUUGUGGCAAAACUGUAGAAGUACGAAAGAUGUUUAGGGUAUGGUAGUCACUGCAUCCGACUUGACGAUGCUUUCGACAGCGUUCCGAGUAGAUGCAGUACGGAAAGUUUUUUGCAACACAGCCUGAUAAUGAAUUAGGUGUUAAGUUUUCUUGCGUCUGCCCAGACUGGUUAUGCGACCGCUACCGUGGUAGGGUAACCUGGGCUGCGGAAUCACACUCCCGUGCGUCGCAAGCACAUCUUGCUCACACAUUUAAGUCUUUUCAUCUCUUUUGCAGCUUAACAUCAGUACUCGUCUGCCUGUGCUAGUUGCCUCUUACUCUCCACUUUUUUCUGUCCGCCAACCACAGGUGACAAUUUCGGCAUCUACUUUGCUAGCUCGCUGUGGUUCCGCGAGUUGCAGCGUUCCAUGCCUUCACUGGCCUUCCUCCUGCCCAGUCCGAGUCUCUGGCCAUCGGACGAGACGCUCAUCUUCACCCCUAACAAGAAUUACACCGCGCAUGACUAUGAGGAAUUCUUUAAUGACAUAGGCUACCCAGAGGGUAGGUUAGAUUUCUGUCUUUUUCACAUCUGCCUUCCGUUGCACCGGCCUUCUACUGAUGAGUAAGAUUCAGUCACCUUCGGGAUAAGUGCAAAGUCGGGUUGAAGAAGAUCAGCUGUGUGCGUCACCGAUAGUUUGGGCAUAGUUUUUAUUGGAAACACUGAUCGCAGGGCCAGGAGACCGGGAAAUGUGCUCAUCGGCUAUAGCUGUACUCCCUCCACGCUCUUACGGCCGACAAAUGUAUAUGACGAGAUCGGAAGUACGGUAGAUGUGCUCUUACAUGAAAUGUUAACCGAGAUUCCAAAAUCCGAAAAGAUUUCUUAGGCAAGGCUGUAAUGUCAACUGUCGUGCAGCAGAACUCCGAGAUAUUUCAGUCACACCAGAAUGCUGGAUUUCGAAUGAGCCUCCUUUCGACCAUCUGCAAAGCCUACGUUCCAUUGAUUUUCGAUACCCUUACAAAUUCGAAUAUAUUUUAUAGGAAACGUGCAUAAAAAUAUUCUUAAUUGUACACCUUUGAUAGCAACUUACGUCUUAUCCAGAUUUAAUACUCUCGAUUUUAAAAAUUUUCCGACUGAGAUUUUUUCGGAUCGUGUGAGGUUCAUUUGUGCAGCAUUGCAUCAGCACUUAUAAAGUAUACAACCUGGUCCAAAUCCAUUGCACAAUCAUAUGAACUCUAUAUAACCUCUUCCUAACAGUGUAAUGUGUGAUAUUCCUUCGACGCAAUGUACACAGCAUGUAGUUUGGAAACCCUGGGUGCAAGUGUGUCGGCAACCAGGGCGAAAAAUUAUUCGGCAAUAGAGGAAGUUUCUCAAAACCGAAAGACACACUCUCUCUUUAAGUAUAAAAUUUGCUUUCAAAUGUGUGCAAGGACGAAUAUUUUUGUGCACAUUUUCUAUAAAAUAUAAUUAAACUUAUUAGGGCACCGAAAAUCAAUGGGAAAUUUCGUACUAAUUAGGUAAGUACUUUUCAUAGUGUGGUUUUUGCAGACGGCCGGAAAGAGCUCAUCCUGACGGACUGGAACAUCUUGUGGUUACUCUAGAUGGUAAUUAAUAUGACAACCAUACUUAAGUAGUCUUUUCGAACCCAAGGCACAUUUAAGAAUUUCUGUUAACAUUUCAUGAAAUAGCAUAUCUACUGUCAUUGCACGAGCAGGCUUUUUGUCCAAAACGUCAGACAAUCAAUAAAGUUGUUCACUGAUCCAUCCCUACUCAGGAAUCUGUCUCCGUCUGGGUGUAACUCAAGGCGAUCAUUCGAGAUGCGGUGAACUCACAGCAUUGCACUGGCUGUAUCGGUCAUGAUGAACACCGUCAGUAAAAAAUGCCCUGUCUGAGUACUGGUCCCUCAUUGCACGUGAGCCAGACAUUGCUAGCUCGCAUUUAAGACCGGUGAGUGUUAGCAUUCAGAUAGUGGGCUAUUAUACCCUGAUCAUCACUGCGGACAAAGGGACGAUUUAUUCCGUCAACCUUCCAAGCGACGAGUUAUCGCCUCGUGAUAGUCCACAACCGCGUCAACUCACAUAUUGCAAUGGGAAGAGUUUUCACAGGAUUGGCUUCACUUUUACUGCCUAUCAGUGGUAAUACGGAGUCAAUCCGUAUGCAGACGAUAUCGGACGCAGCGACCGAGAUGACAUAAAACCAUCCCAACUCGCUCGCCACGCCCGUUUAUGUUCUACGCACCAACGCAACUCGUUUCGGGAAGACACUAAUCUACUCCACUGCACUACAGUACUUCCAUUCUACUUCCCUUUGAGAAGUAAAGCAAGACGAGAUGCUCCUGGCUGUCCUACACCGUUUUUCCCUUGGAAGGACAUAAAGAAGCCAAGGAGCUUGUUCCUCUGUCAGACAAGGGCUGCAUCCUUUUCAACGGAAAAAGAUGGUGUGUUAUGAAGGGCCGGGAGGCUAGUGUUGUGUCUUCAACUCAAAGUAAAUAUCGUCAAGGAAUAUCAAUGUAUGUGGACAAAAGUUCAAGCGCACAGAGAAGUGAGCGAGUUCCUCGCCACAAUCUUUGGUCUUCGUCAAGGCUUCGUCUUCUCAAAAGCCCGCUUUGUCCACAGUGUCCUGUGCACAGCAUUCCACGACCGCAAGCAAGUCAAUAUGUAGGGGAACAUUUGCUUUUCGGACUUUGACUUUGCCAAAAAGGUGAGGCCGAUACGAAGGCACACCUCCUUAGCGAAACUCCCUCCAUAAUAAUUAGGAUGCAACUGGAAGGCCCUAAAUGCAGUGACCUGCGAGGUUGUCGGCUGGCGGUUGCAGAGUGAGAGAGAGAGAGAGCGAUGGAGGUCUUUGCCAACUCUUUCCCCGACUGACUGGCAAUGUUUCAUUACCGAUCGGGAGCAGAUUUUGUCAUCCCAAAGGCAAAGCUAUCUGCGACUUCGUUUCUCCGUAUCCCCGUCGGACUUGGCUCUGCGGCCGUACUGGCUAAUUGCAAAGUAGACGGGUAUGACUAACUCAGACCGGGCUGUUGGUGGUUAGGAGUGGAAUACCAACUGGACAGUGAUCACCAUGACCCAACCGACGAUCGCAGGGCAUACGACUCAGCAGUUAGUGCUUUAGUCGACUCCUAAGCCUGCCAAUUGGACACCGUUGAUAGUCAGCACAAGCGAAAGCUUAUUUUUUUCACGCGAGACAACGCUUCAUUUCGAACCGUUUUUGCCGUAAUAAAUGGAGUAUGUGAAUUGUUGCUUAGUACAGCCAUUCGUGUUAGCAGCUACAAUCCUUGGUUUUACGCGUUCACCUGCUGGUUCUUAUCUCCUCGUGUUGUGAUACAUCGUCACCUAUGCCACUGGACACCCAGUUAUUCCUUUUGGACAGCACAUGUAAAACCGAGUUGAAGUUGAGGGCGUUUUUGUUUAUUUGAUUCACUGCAAUCUCCAUGGGGCGUAGGACAGGUUGCCCCUGGUAAAACUCCGCUGAAAUCACCCCUUCUUCAUCGUACUAAAAUAGGAGCUCAGGAAACGACGUGCAAAGUCGGCCGAGAGACGAGAACUUAGAGGAAUUAACCACUUGCUGCUGGCAUUGUUUCUGCCAAGUGAUGGCGCACUGUAGCCUUCAGCCCAAUGAGAUCCGCUCCGCCCUACGUCUUUUGGACCAAGUUUUCAAGCACGGUUUCACCGCUUGCUUGACAUCAUUAUGGAAACUUCACUCUUUUCGCCUCUCCCCACUGCGAACUCGAAGUCCAGUCGACAGAUGAGAUGAGGUCGAGCCCAGUGACUGAACUGGCACGAGGACAGAGUUUUCGCAGGCCAAACCGUGCAAGCUUCCUCCUUUAGUUACACGUCUUUAUCGAAUAGAACGGAAAACAUCGACUGCCCUCAUCUAAUUUAGCCCGCCCGCAGAAUCGGGAAGCGGUCGCCACUCAAGGCAGGGACAAUGCUCAACACUGUCCCGAGAGGACACGAUGGCAACUUACGUAGACAUUUGUUACUGAUGAAGCAGAGUGGCGUUGUAUCUGACACCCAUCCUCUUUUCACACUUACAGCGUUUCGAUGACAUGACAAAGUCAUGAAUAGCGGAGAUGGACAUGGGCACAGUGGUCGGGGAGGCUAGACGAUCCUUAUCCGUGAACCCGAUCCUGAAACUCUUUUCAAGACGGACUUUAAAGAAGGGGUAUCGGAUCUCACACAAGGCAGUACUGCGGAGAUCGCUUUAGGAAGGCGUUAUUGCGGUUUCGCCCUACUAACGGCCGGAGAAAGCAUAAACAGACCCGAACCGAUCCCUUCUCGUCUCUCGCAGAUAUGGUUAACUGUUCGCCGAUGGAGAACCUCAUCACCAUCAGCAGAGCAAGUUGGACAGUGUCUGACUGCCCGCGCUCCCUGUUGAAUAUUUUCCUGCCGCUUCGCGUUCAGGAUCCUCUGAGGAUAGAUCUGCUUGACAUCACUUCACUUUCGAAUUUGGCUUUGGUAGACGCUGCAGAUUUCUGCGCUGUGAAUAAGCCUACACCGUACCACGGCCUUGUACACCGGAAAAGGAUACUGCGUCAAUUCUAG